UCUUUGCUUUUAAUCUCUAUGCCUCCCACGCGAUCAACUCACAAGGAUAGAUGCAAAUCCUACAUCACUCUCCCUGAAGGUAAACCUGGGCCAAUCGUACAGUAUCGAGAGGAUGGCCAAAGUGAGGGAGAGGGUGCAAAGGUUUAGAGCAGAGCAGCUCGCAGGAGCAGUAAUAUCGAUCGAUCCGGAGUGGAGCUCGACAGGUCUCGGUUUCCUAAUGCGUGGGAGAGAAAGAGAGAGAGAGAGGGGAGAGAGAGAGAGAGAGAGAGAGAGAGAGAGAGAGAGAGAACGGAAACGAGGAGAGAGUGUCGAGCAGGGUUGAGUUCUCCGGAGAGGUGAAGAGGGCAUGUAGCAAAAGCUAUCCUAUAAUCAGACAGACAGGCCGAUCAGCUGCCCGGGCACAGAUCGCUCUCGCGCUACUCGAUUAGUCUUUCACAUACACUUAUCUUUAUUCAUUCGCCUGUGUUUAUUUGCCUUUGGCCUUCUUUCUUAUUUUCUUUUCGGUCUUGUACCCUUUUUUAUUUUCUUCUUAUGUUCUUUCUUCCGGAUUCCUUUCCUCUUGCAAUUGUGGCUCGGAUCUGUCACUCAUCGGCCUUGAAAUAAGUAUAGUGACAGUGCAAAUUUGACCUUGGCGAGUUACACUGUUAAAGCUAACAGCGCGACUUGGUAACCAUGAGAAAACGAAGAAAUAAUUAAUAUCACGGAGACCAUAUCAAAAGAUCAUAUGUUUAAAGAAUGGAAGAAACAUCUUCAAGAUUACGUCCUUACAUGGAUUGGGACAACGAGAAUAAAUAUUCAAUAGCGAAUAGUCAAGCACCCUUGCAGAGUGGCGAAGACGAACACUCGAAACGCGGAACCUGGACAGGAAAAUUCGAUUUUCUUUUGUCUCUUUUGGGAUAUAGCGUGGGCCUCGGAAAUGUCUGGAGAUUUCCGUAUCUUUGCUACUCGAAUGGCGGCGGUGCUUUCCUGAUACCAUUCAUCGUGAUGCUCAUCACCGCCGGAUGGCCUCUUAUGUUCAUAGAACUUUCCUUAGGACAGUAUGCUAGUCUCGGACCGGUGGCGGUUUACGAACAGUUUUGUCCUUUGUUUCGUGGCUUAGGAUAUGGAAUGGUUCUCGUUAGUUCCAUUGUCAUGCUCUAUUAUAAUUUAAUUAUUGCCUGGACACUGUAUUACAUAUUUGCCUCAGUCAAUGGCGAUUGGGAGUUACCCUGGAGCAAAUGCGAGAAGAAAUGGAGCACCGAGGAUUGCUUUAUGCCGGACGUUGCCGAGACUUGUGUCUCUCAAAAUGCUUCUUACUUCAAAGGAAAAUGCCUCAAUUCAACUCAAAUGACUGCGAUGGGUCUGAUCAUCGAAAAUAUAACUGGCGCUAUCAGAAAACCGCCAUCCGAGGAAUAUUUUCACAAUCAUGUUUUGGGGAUCAGCAGUGGAAUCGAAGAAACUGGAUCAAUUCGACCGUCUAUUGCAAUUAGCCUCUUUUUGGCGUGGUUCAUUGUGUUUCUUUGUUUGAGCAAAGGUGUGCAAAGCUCAGGCAAAGUCGUAUACUUCACUGCUCUUUUUCCGUAUGUUGUUCUGAUUGCCCUUUUUAUUCGUGGAAUUUUACUUCCUGGUGCUAAGGAGGGUAUACUUUUCUAUCUAACUCCUGAUUGGAGAAGACUCACAUCCACCAAAGUAUGGGGAGAUGCUGCCGUUCAGACUUUCUUCGCUUUGAGUCCAGCCUGGGGCGGCCUGAUCACUUUGAGUUCUUAUAAUAAAUUCACUAACAAUUGCUACAAAGACUCCUUAAUCGUGGCGAUAAGUAAUAUCGCGACUUCCUUUUUUGCCGGCCUGGUGAUCUUUUCGGUAAUCGGCUUCCUUGCUCACGAGCUCGACGUACCAGUGGCGUCGGUGGUAGAUGAAGGCCCUGGGUUGGCGUUUAUAGUUUAUCCAGAGAUUGUAGCUCGUCUGCCGGUCGCACCCAUCUGGUCGCUGCUAUUCUUCAUCAUGCUGCUCACUUUGGGCCUUGAUUCACAGUUCGCUCUCAUGGAGACCGUCACUACAGCAAUACUUGAUAGUGUUCCAUCAUUGAGAAGCUACAAAGUUUGGGUCGUCCUAGGAGUUGCGAUGUUCGGAUAUGCUGGUGGUAUCAUUUUCACGACCAAUGCUGGCAUGUAUUGGCUGCAAUUAAUGGAUAAGCACGCGGCAAAUUCGUCCGUUUUGUUGAUCGCCGUAAUCGAAUGUGUUAUUGUGGCAUGGUUGUAUGGUGCGGAUCGCUUUUUGGACGAUGUUCAACAGAUGAUCGGACCUCGAAGCCGUUUAUGGAGAUUAUUCUGGAAAUGGAUGUGGAAGUUUGUCACGCCCGCGGCAUUGUUCUUUAUUCUUUCUUUUAAUUGGGUGGUGUACAAAGAGAUCAAGUAUGGAGCUUACAUUUAUCCGAUAUGGGCAGACACAUUGGGUUAUCUUAUUGGUAGACUUCCCGUUUUUGUAAUUAUCGGAUUAUUUAUGGAUCAGCUAAAGGGACGACGUUGGCGAUCAUCUUACGAUAAUGAUGAUAAAGAUGAUAACGAUGAUGAGGAUGAGGAUGAAGAUGACGAUGAUGAGUUUAAUAAGGAAUCUUGCCAAAAAGCGGAGAAAGAAAAGGGCAAAGAUAAGAGAAAGAACAUAUGGAACCGUAUAAAGAUAUUGAUGCAGCCAACAUCCAAGUGGAGACCAGCGUCGCAAAAUUCUUUAACGCCUUUCAGAACUUUGACGACUUCGUUAGCAACCUCAGAAGCGUAUGACUCUGUGCAAGAUACGAUUAUUUUGAUGAAUGGUCAGCCGAUGAUGCAACCAUCCAGCGUUAUUCCAUCUGCUCAGAAACUCCCCGGACCAUCGAUUCUUAAAAAUUCUAGCAAAACCGAUUUGAUUACCUCUCAGCAAGUGUGACAUGACGUUCGUUUUACGUCCGAUGAUGAUACCUCAAUAGAAUCAUGCUGAAGAUACAAUAUGCCCAACAUAAAAUCAUGCAUUGGUUAACUAAUGUGACGCGACUUCCCACACAAUGAUAGUAAAAGUAUACCUCACUGUAUGAAAUAAUGACAAUUAAUAUAAUGUUUAGUCACUGUUGCUGGUUUCCUAUCGGUCAAGAGAGAUGAUUGACUGUUCUAAUAAUAAGUAAGAUUAUAUAAGAGCAGUAACGCAUAACGAAUCGUGAUAAUAUGGUGAUGACACGAUAUCAAUAUCAAAUCAGAUAACAAUCAACAAAUUAAUUAUUUCAGAAAUAUAUAAUAUAUAAUUUCUUCAAACACGUCACCACGUUGUGAUAUUUACCUUUCGAUAAUAUCAAGUAAACAUUUUUUAAAAAAUUAGAAGAAAUAGAUAGAACAGCUAAAAGUUUUAUUUUGCGGUACAGUCAUACUGAAUACUUAAGAAUCUGUCAUCGCAGUAAUGGUUACGGUUCUAAUGUUGUUACAAACAACUAGUAGAGCGAACAGUACAAAUUAAUGUGUCCUAGUUGCAGCAUCUGAUAGGAAAAAGAUGCUUUCUUUUAGGGGAAGCCUCUUUUCUUCGUGAAAGAAAAUUAAUGGAAAAGGAAAUUUUUUUCUCAAAAGUAUUUGCGGUAGAUUCGCGUAAGAGGAAAGUAUUUUUUUAUAUAAAUAACGGUGGCAAUAUUAUCAUUAGAACAAAUAUGUCUGCAAAAAAAAUAAUUUUAUUGUAGAACUAAAGAUGAUAUUUUAGUUGUGUCUUAAUGCUGAACGGCGUACAAUCAGGAUACAAUUAAUAAGAUGCCUUGAAUGUGUAUAUAUAUAUAUAUAUAUAUAUA